UACCGGUGCUUUAGCUGCUGACGUUGUUGUACAAAGUGACGAUGGCGUCCACAGAUCAGUCCCUCCUGGAUCUAACCGAUAAAGAUACCCGGGAGAAACUGUCGUUCUGGGAUCGCCGCACCGACGCCAUGGCUCCCCUUACUGACAAACAAAUGGACGCUGUCCUGGAGAUCCGAGCCGCAGCCGAAACGCUCUCUGUCCCGUCGGAGCUGCCCAUUGAGGACCUGUGCAGCCUUUCGUCGCGGUCCUUGCAGUCUCCCUUCUUAGCGACUGUGCCCGCGUCGACAGAGGACGUCCUACUCAAGGGCUUCCAGAUGCUUGAGAUGGGGAACGAACGGAUAGAAACCGCACAACAGUUUUUCGCCUGGUUUGCCGCUUUGCAGGCCAACAUGGACCAGGAUGAGAGCUCAAAAUACAGGAAAACCAGAGAUGAUCUGAACUGCUACCAGGAACAAUGCGACGCCAUCCUGAAGGAUGUCAGCACUGCUCUCGAGCACUUGGACUCCCUUCAGAAGCAGUAUCUGUUUGUGUCCAAUAAGACCGGCACCUUACACGAGGCCUGCGAGCAGCUCUUAAAAGAACAGUCGGAGCUCGUUGACCUUGCAGAGAGCAUAGAGCAGAAACUGUCAUAUUUUAAUGAGUUAGAAAACAUAAACACGAAACUGAACUCGCCCACCUUGUCUGUAAAUAGUGAAGGCUUUAUACCAAUGCUGUCAAAAUUGGAUGAUUGCAUUGAAUAUGUUUCGUCUCAUCCCAAUUUCAAGGACUAUCCAGUUUAUUUGGCCAAGUUCAAACAGUGUCUUUCUAGAGCAAUGCACUUCAUGAAGAUCCACAUUGUUAACACCAUGCAGCAUCUCACCAGCCAGCUGACCAAACGGGAUCCAAUGGGCUUGACCAACGCAGACAAUGCCUUUACCCUGUACUAUGUCAAGUACAGAGCAGCCGCACCUAAAGUUAGAUCACUGAUUGAACAGAUCGAACAGCGAGCGGAGAAGGUUCCUGAAUACCAUCAGCUGCUGGAUGAUAUCCAUCAGUGCUACCUUGACCAGAGAGAGCUGCUCCUCAGUCCCAGCAUCACAUCCACCAUUACUGACCUGACCAAACAAAACAGCAAAGACCACUGUGCUCUGGUUCGCAGUGGCUGCGCGUUCAUGGUCCACGUCUGCCAGGACGAACACCAACUGUACAACGAGUUCUUCUCAAAGCCCACGCCCAAACUAGACGAGCUGCUAGAGAAGUUAUGUUUGUCCCUGUAUGACGUCCUGCGGCCUCUAAUCAUCCACGUCGUCCACCUGGAAACCUUGUCGGAGCUGUGCGGUAUCCUGAAGAAUGAGAUGCUGGAAGACCACGUUCACAACAACGCCUCUCAGUUGGGGGCCUUUGAUACAGUGGUGAAGCAGAUGCUGGAGGAUGUCCAGGAGAGGCUGGUUUACAGGACCCACAUUUACAUACACACCGAUAUCAUAGGCUACAACCCGGCUCCGGGGGAUCUGGCCUAUCCUGAGAAACUCGAGAUGAUGGAGAGAAUUGCUCAGAGCUUGAAGGAGGAGCAGAUGAAGCAGAUGUCGCAGGAGUCCAUGUUUUCCGAUGUCCAGCUGGAGAAUCCUGAUGGGAGAAGAAACAGUAAUGCUGGCAACGUAGAAGCCUCCCGCCUCCAGACAUCCAUCUCUCCUGCUGAUUUGCACGGCAUGUGGUACCCUACUGUCAGACGAACGCUGGUUUGUCUGUCCAAGCUCUACAGAUGUAUAGAUAGAGCAGUCUUCCAGGGUUUAUCUCAAGAAGCCUUAUCUGCCUGCAUCCAGUCCCUACUCAAAGCCUCCGAUAUCAUCCUUAAAAACAAGACGCAAAUAGACGGGCAACUUUUCCUGAUCAAGCACCUGCUGAUAGUGCGUGAACAGAUUGCCCCAUUUCACACCGAUUUUUCCAUCAAGGAAAUCUCACUGGAUCUGAAGAAAACGCGAGAUGCUGCCUUCAAAAUCCUGAACCCUAAGGCUGUUCCCAAAUUCUUCCGACUCAACAGUCACAACGCCAUACUCGAAUUCCUCUUGGAGGGAACACCCGAGAUAAAGGAGCACUACAUCGACUCAAAGAAGGACGUGGACCGGCACCUGAAGUUCAGUUGUGAGCAGUUCAUCCAGCAGCAGACUCAGAUCUUCGUGGGGAACCUUGAGGAGUUUCUCACCAAGGUUGCGGCUCUUAAAACUAUGGCUAUCCAGGGUGGUCCCACCUACAGUCUGUCUCAGCAACCUUGGGCACAGCCGGUGAAGAUCAACGAUAUAGUGACGACGACCUACCGCGUGAUGAAGAGCAAGCUGCCAGGCACUUUACAGAGCAUGUCCUUGUACCUCGCCAAUAGAGACACGGAGUUCAUCCUUUUCAAGCCUGUCCGGAAUAACAUCCAGCAGGUAUUCCAAAGACUGCAUGCCUCGCUUCAGGAGGAGUACGGCGGAGAAGACCUUCAGAUCAUUGCAUGUCCAUCGAUGGAGCAGAUCAACCUGCUGCUGUCUGUGAAUAAGUAAUGUCCCAGCUUGGCGUGGCGGUGCUCGUGAAACGGCCUCUGGAUUCCAAUUGGAUAUUGCGACCAACCGACCGUGACCGGGAGCCGUGAGGCCGAGUGUGCGGGUUGACCGGAGCGGUGAGCUUGACCAGGAGCGCCGAGUUGGCGGUGGAAAAGAAAUCCUGCACAGGACCAAAGAUUGUCAAGUAGCUGCGAGCGUGCUGAGGUCCAGGUGGUCCUCUCCAAUUCCAUAAACAACUGGGAACGCCGAGGGUAUGGUUUUGGUAACAGGGUUGACGUUUUUGUUUUCCUUGAACUGAAGGUGCGUUUGUUUCGGGUGGCUUUGUGAUCACAGUUGCACUCAAUGGGCAGUGGUGAGGGGAGGUACUAUUAAUGAUGUGUAGCGGUGGGGGAUUCAUUCAGAUACCGAGAUUCCCUGGAUUUCUUUUAGAAUAAGAAAAAAUGCUGCAACAUAGUUCAUCCCCCCAUUUACAAAGAUGUAUGUGCAUUUGGUGGUGGCCUGAUGUGCUGCAGGACUCUUAACAGGUUUUCCCUUCUGAUCAUCACAAAAAAGUUUUUUUUUUUUUAAGAUUGUUCUUUGGAAUACUUGUUAUUCUAUUGCAAAUAUGUUAAAAAUAAGUUGUUUUUUUUGUUUGUUUUUUGUUAAACCUUUUUUUCCUUUUUAUACAUACGUUGAUUGCAGCUAAUGGGCUUUUACUCUAUUGACCACGGCAGUUUUGCGCUGUAUGUUUCUGUAUGGUCAGUGGCAACGUGACAUUCGCUUCAGUGUAUCCAAUGUAAAAUGAUGUGUACAGGUGUACUAUUUAUGAACACACAAUUAAAAACAAAGUGAGUGAUGUUC